ACGUCAGUAGAGCUUUGGCAUAACAACAGCCCGUCUCCAGUUGUUUCCUGUUAGCUUUAGCAUCUGCAACGUAGCUGCUGAUAAAUUUAACGUGUAAUAUGUUUAUAUAAUAUUUCGUGUUUGGUGGUGGUUAAUGUUAACGGUAUUUUGGCGUUAGAAUCCACUUCAGGCAGAGAUAACUGAGCUGCCAACGCGCCGUUAGCUGUCAGGCUGCUAGUUAGCUGUAGCUAACAUCGGCGAUCUAGCAGAAGAAGAUGGGGUCCAUCCUGAGCCGCAGAAUCGCUGGUGUGGAGGAUAUCGAUAUCCAGGCUAACUCGGCCUAUCGUUUCCCACCAAAAUCUGGGAAUUAUUUUGCAAGCCACUUUUUCAUGGGAGGAGAGAAAUUCGACACACCACAUCCAGAGGGAUAUCUGUUUGGUGAAAACAUGGACCUGAAUUUUCUUGGAAAUAGGCCUGUGCAGUUUCCUUAUGUGACACCUGCACCCCAUGAGCCUGUGAAAACUCUGAGGAGUCUGGUCAACAUCAGAAAGGACUCUCUGCGUCUGGUCAGAUACAAAGAUGACUCUGACACAGUGGGUGAAGACGGUGGAAAACCCAAGGUUCAGUACGGAGUGGAGUUCACCUUUGACGCUGAUGCACGGGUGGCUAUUACUCUCUACUGUCAGGCAUUUGAAGAAUUCUCCAACGGGAUGGCAGUGUACAGCCCAAAAAACCCAUCAAUGGUUUCUGAAACCGUGCACUAUAAACGAGGGGUGAGCCAGCAGUUCUCCAUGCCGUCUUUCAAAAUUGAUUUCAGCGAGUGGAAAGAGGAGGAUCUAAACUUUGACCUGGACCGAGGAGUGUUUCCCAUGGUGAUCCAGGCUGUGGUUGAUGAAGGGGAUGAUUGCCUUGGACAUGCUCACGUGCUUUUGGCAGCCUUUGAAAGACACGUCGAUGGUAGUUUCUCAGUCAAGCCUCUGAAGCAGAAACAAAUCGUGGACCGUGUUAGCUACCUUCUCCAGGAGAUCUACGGGAUUGAGAACAAAAACAACCAAGAAACCAAGCCAUCAGACGAUGAGAACAGCGACAACAGCAACGAGUGUGUUGUGUGUCUGUCUGACCUGCGAGACACUCUCAUCUUGCCCUGCAGGCAUCUGUGUCUGUGCAACUCCUGCGCAGACACUCUGCGUUACCAGGCCAACAACUGCCCUAUCUGCAGGCUGCCUUUCAGAGCCUUGCUGCAAAUCAGAGCAGUGAGGAAAAAGCCUGGUGCUCUCUCCCCUGUGUCCUUCAGCCCUGUUCUGGCUCAGACCAUGGACCAUGAUGAGCACUCAAGCACAGACUCGGUCCCUCCUGGCUUUGAGCCUAUCUCACUGUUAGAGGCUCUGAACGGUCUGCGGUCAGUGUCUCCUGCCAUCCCAUCUGCCCCCCUCUAUGAUGAAAUCAACUUCUCAGGGGGUAUGGGAGGUGACAGUCGACAGCUGAGCUCCCCUGAGCAUUUAAGUGAUGGGAGUCUGCAGAAAAGCAAAGUCAGCAAGUCACCUGACAGCACCCUCAGGUCUCCAUCCUCCCCUAUCCAGGAGGAAGAUGAGGAGAAGCUGUCUGAGAUGUCUGAUGCUCAGCCACACACACUGCUGUCCAGCAGCCCUGCCCCCACAGAUGCCACAGCAACUGAGGAUGCAGCUGAAUCCCUGUCUCCAGAUGAUGAGGACAGGACACCUUCCAGAGCAGACAUCCUUCAGGACUGUAGCAGUGAGCACAGCAGCUUGACCAAAACAGAGAGUGACCCAGCGGGCGACUUGUCUCUUCCAGGGUCAUCUGAGUCGACAGAAAGCCUGAAGAGUCAGAGCACAAACUGCUCCAGCCAGCCUCUCCUGUGUCCCACAAGCAGCCUUCAUCUGGAGGACGAGCACCUCAACCCCUGACUCUGAUUCAAGCAUUUACCCCUUCACUGAUCAGAACAGAUUUUUGCUUUAAAAAGAUCAUUAAGACUCUUCCUUUUCCCCUCAACCCUUUCCUCCAUGUGUGAUCAGAGCUGAUGACCCUGAAAGCAAACCCUCCAGGAUGAGGGAGGACUGUUUAUUUCAUCUAUGCCUUUGACAUUAGAAAAGAAAUUUGACUAAUACAGCUAAUGUUGUGGGGAAAAGUUGGUUCCCUCAGCUCUGAAACAUUUCAGUCAUUGUCAGAUGGUGGUAAGUCAUGUGUGUAGGCCAGAGUAGUCAUGUAGUUAUGAUGUGGAUCCAGAGAUAUUUCACUACCGCUCAUGGUGGUGCGUUUAAGCACACUUAAGAGAAAUUGUAUCAGUUGCUUGACACUAAAUUCAGAAGAGUUUGUAAACUAAGUUUUGUUGUUUAGAUAUCGUAUUGAUCAGUGACAUACAUUAUUAACUUUUAACAUGUUGAUUUUCCAGCUGAUUUGGAUUAUGAAGAGAAAUCUUAAAACAUAUUACUUAAAUGUCUGUGUGUUUGUUUGAAGUGAUUUUGCACUCCAACAAAGUCAUUAAUAAUUCAUUCCUUAUAACAAGAGUUUAUAAGAGAUUAGUUUAAGUUGUAUAAUCUCAAAUAUCUACAUGUCUGUUUUUUUAUUCUUUCAAAUGUGUGAUAUCUAUGUAUCAUAACUACUAGAAUCCUGUGUAGUUAGCUCCAAAUCAUAUUCUAUAUUACUUAUGAUAAAAUCUGAUAAUGAAGUAAUAAUCAAGAACAAUGCACAUUAUUUAAGACUCAAAUCUAUAUCUGCGACACAUUUACAUCCUAACAGCUGAAUUCAAAGAUAGCUAAAGCCUGCAACAAGCAUAAAUGCUCCAGCUACAUAUACACUGACACAGUGUGCUUGUCGUAGAUGUGGCAGAUCUCUGUACAGUCUUUUCGUGGCAAUGCCAGUGUCUGCUUAUGUGAUGUAGCUGCAAAAAAAGGGGGUCAGGUGUUUGUAUUUCUUACCUUGGUCCUGUAUGUGUAGCGCCAUGCAUAUAGAUCUUUGUGCCUUGACUUGAUAUGGCUGCCUGCUUGUUGCAUUGGACAUUAGUGUUCUGAUAAAUGCUACAAUACACAACGGUUUCCAGUCUGUAGACAGGAUUUUUCAUGCUGAUGUACAGAGCCUUUUUUUCUAUCGCAUUCUUCAUGCUACUGGGAAAAAUGUAUAUUAUUGUUUUUGCAAUAUUAAAUUUAAUUGUUUAUUUACUAUGCCAUGGUCAUGUAUCAAAUAUGCAUUGAAUCUUUGUAUUUAGGUUGUUUGAUAGGAAGGAACACAUCCAAUGCACUCAAUGCAGACGCUGCAUUUCAAUAAUUGGGCUAGCAUUUGCAUGUGAAUUUGUAGAAGUUUGAAACUUCCAUUGCUUUUUAGUGAAAUGCUUAUUUUGUCUUUUCCCCUUUCCUCUUCGGUGCCAUUUCAACUCAACACUGUGCCUUCCUGUUCCUGUUCUGACCACGAUUGACCUGGUAUCCAGGAUCACUCCACAGUAGGUGGUUUGUGGCUCUCUGUAAAAUCAGUACCUGUCUAUCCUCGUGUGUAUAGCAGCAUGUGAAUAACAAUAAAGAACAAUGAUUCAGUU